CGCGCUUGUGUGUGUGCUUGAGCGUCAGUCGGCGGCGGCACUCCCGGACCGAGUAUCAUCAUCAUCAUCAUCACCAUCAUCAGCCGCGCGCUUCAAUCAGUCACGGACAUGUGACCGAUUUUUGGUCCUUAAGACAAAAUACAAAGCUUCCUUUAAAAAAAAAAAUCACCUACGACUGUCAGGGCCCCGGUGUGAAAAGGUGCGGAGGGUUAAACCGGAAGCGCGAUUAUGAGAAAGGGGAGCGGGUUGUUUGCGUCGCGCGCGGAGAUGAGGCGGGGGGCGGCGGCGGCGGCGGCGGUGAGGUGCUACGGAAUCGUUGCUGCUCUCUGGCCGAGCGUCGUUGUGUUUUAGCAGACCCCCCACCCCCUCUUCAUCAUCCUCAUCCUCUUCCUCCUCCUCAUCAUCAUCAUCAGCCUCCCCACCACCACCACCACCAUUUUGCGUUUCAGUACACCGGCUUUUUCAGAAGCGGCUGCUUUGAGAAGGUAACGGACGGAUUUGUGUGCGGUGCCAUGACGAGCUUUCCGGUGGGCUCCACUCGGGCCGGUUAGCGGCCUGCACCCGCGGCCCCGGUGUCGGAGCGAGAUUGCACGCAUCGCCUCUUCAUUCUGCAUCUCUAAUCGGUUACAAUCUCAGGGAUUUAAAAAUAAUAAUAACAAUAAUAACACAAAGAAAACAAUUUUUAAAAAAAAAAAAAAAAAAGCAAAAUGUCCUCUCGGCCUGCUUUACCGUCUGCCACCGACCGGAGCUCGGAUCACCAUGCGUCUCUGGCGGCGAGCCGUUCGGAGAAGGGCACCAGCGUGUCGAGUCGUUCCCUCGGCGUGCGCUGCCGCAACUCCAUGCCCUCGUGCCCGGAUGACCCGCACAUCGGCAACUACCGGCUCCUCAAAACCAUCGGCAAGGGCAAUUUCGCUAAAGUGAAGCUGGCUCGCCACGUCCUCACCGGCCGAGAGGUUGCAAUAAAGAUAAUCGACAAAACUCAGCUGAACCCAACCAGCCUGCAAAAGCUGUUUCGUGAAGUGCGGAUCAUGAAGGCUCUCCGUCACCCCAACAUAGUGCAACUCUUUGAGGUGAUCGAGACGGAGAAGACUCUGUAUCUGGUCAUGGAGUACGCUAGCGGAGGUGAGGUGUUUGACUACCUGGUGUCUCAUGGGAGAAUGAAGGAGGUGGAGGCCAGAGCCAAAUUCAGACAGAUCGUCUCGGCUGUUCAUUACUGUCACCAGAAGAACAUCGUGCACAGGGAUCUGAAGGCCGAGAACCUGCUGCUGGAUGCCGACUCCAACAUAAAGAUAGCGGAUUUCGGCUUCAGUAACGAGUUCACAUUGGGGAAUAAGCUGGACACGUUCUGUGGCAGCCCGCCCUACGCUGCACCCGAGCUCUUCCAGGGCAAGAAAUACGAUGGGCCCGAGGUGGACAUCUGGAGUCUGGGGGUCAUCCUGUACACUCUGGUUAGCGGCUCGCUGCCCUUUGAUGGACAGAACCUCAAGGAGCUGCGUGAGCGUGUGCUCAGAGGGAAGUACCGAGUGCCCUUUUACAUGUCCACUGACUGUGAAGAGAUUCUGCGCAGGUUUCUUGUGCUCAACCCUAGCAAACGGUGCACACUGGAGCAAGUGAUGAAGGACAAGUGGAUGAACACAGGGUAUGAAGGCGAUGAGCUGAAGCCUCACACGGAGCCGGUGGAGGACUACAGUGACCCCACCCGCAUCGAGGUGAUGGUUGGGAUGGGCUUCACUACAGAGGACAUCAAAGAUGCGUUACUCAAUCAGAAAUAUAACGAAGUCACUGCGACUUACCUUCUGCUGGGCCUGAAGACUGAGGACGGGGCGGAGUCACGCGUGAGUGGCAGCAUGACGUUGCCAAGAGUGAGGCCAAGCCCCAUCACCAACGGAACGAACAAACACUCCGCCACCGCCGCUGCCUCUUCAUCCUCGUCCUCCUCUUCGUCUCACAGCAAGACGCAGCGCAGCGCCUCCACCUACCACCGCCAGCGGCGGCACAGCGAUUUCUGUGGUCCAAGCAUGCCUGUGAUGCACCCUAAGCGCAGUCCGACAGGCGGGGCCGACCGUGAGCUACGUGAGAGCCGGAUGCCCCCACGCAAGGCCAGCUGCAGCGUGAUGGGCAGUCGCAGCCUCCCGCCCUCCAGCCCCAUGGUCAGCACGGCCAACAACCCAAACAAAGCUGAGAUUCCGGACCGGCGGAAAGACAUGACCGCCACCACUAAUAACAUCCCUGGCAGUGCAAUGACUCGCAGGAACACGUACGUAUGUACAGAUCGGCCCAGUGCGGACAGACAGUCUCUUCUGCAGAAUGGCAAGGAGAACAGCUCUCUCUCCCACCGUCUCCCCCCAGCCUCUCCCUCCACUCUCAGUAUUUCCGGAGCGGGAGCGUCGUCCUCCUCAUCCUCAGCAGAUCGGUGUAGACUGACACGAGGUUCGACCAUACGCAGCACGUUCCACGGCGGGCAGAUUCGGGAGCGCGUGCCUUCCGCCUACGGGCCGCCGCCCACCUCGCCCACGCUCAGCCACGAUGCCUCGCUGCCGGCGCACGGCCGCUCCAGAGCCACGGCCAACCUGUUCAGCAAGAUCACCUCCAAACUCACACGCAGGGUCGCAAAUGAACCUGAGAGAGUCGGCCGAUCUACGCUCUCAGGUUGCCAUCUAUUUGGGAAUCAGAAAGAGGCCGAGCCCUGGCUCGGGGGAGGGGGCUGGGAUGUGAGGCCCCGCCCCCCAUGCGCUCCCGCCGAGUUGGUACUGGCCGUGCGCGAUGCAGCGAGGGGGUGCGGCUGCAGCCACGAGCCGCCGGGGUCUAAGGUCACGUUUCAGGGGGAGGUGUGUCAGCUGAGUGUACACCACGCACGCCUUUGGGAGUCUCCACUAGCAUUCACUCACAUCGCGUCUCGGAUCUACAAAGGGGUGGAGCUCUGAGUGGAUGGGGGAGGGGCCUAGACCAGUGGCACGUCUUUCCCUCCUUCUUCCUGAACUGACUUGGCUCCGCCCACUCCUGGCUGCAUAAACUGGAAAAUCACUCCCCGCCCUCCCCCAGCUGUCACGCUCGCCUGAUAGGCACAUCCAGAGACACGCAGAUGUGUAUCCACACAAACAGUGCAAAUGUACACACACACACCUCCUCCUCUAAGCAACCUCAUCCACAGGACCUGGAUUGACUCCAGAGUAGUAUUUUUUUAAUCUCGUUUAACUCAUGAAAUAGUUCGAUUCUAUUUUCAGUGUCAUUCUGCGUCCUUGUUUGGUCUUAAACUGUAUUUUGUACGUUUUGUUUUGUUGCCCAAGCACUUUUCAUUUCAUUCCUUAAUUUUAUACCCCCCAUGUCAACCGUCACCUUGCCCACUACAACCCCCCCCCCCUGUCACCCUCCCCGAACCCCUUCCUGUAGCCCCUGAACUUGAGUCCUGCUAAUCAACACUUUUAAAAUAUAAUGAAUACUCCAGCAGUUUGUCAAAUCAAAACCAGAAGAAACCAAAAAUCACUUAUGAGAAUUUGUGAAAUUCAGUUCAACUUCAGAACACACGCUAUAAUGGUGAAAGGUCUGAAGGUCCUGUUCAUUUUGUCAGUGAAAUUAACCAACAUUACAUUUGAAUGGGAAUAGAAAUUGCUAUGAUCAACAAUUUUCAAAAUUUACUUUUAUGGAGAAACAAAAAGGAAUUUCCAGUGAACUUCUAUUGAGGGAAUUCAACAUCUGGGCAACAUCUGAUUUAGCAGAAUAUCUUACAUUUUUCAAACGUAAGCAGCAGGUUGUUGCGGGUGUUUUCCUUUCCAUCAGCCAAUCACAGACUGAUAUCUGAGUCGACUCUAACCCUGGCCGAGUUUCAGACGAGCGAUGUCCGAUAUGUACGAGUGUGUCUGCUUUAUAAAAUACGGCCGUGUUAAUGCAGCACUCUCAGCUCCCGGGGGAGUGAUGCACCAGAUGAGGUUUCUCACUUAGCUGGAGAAGUUAAAGGAACCUCUACCCUGAAACACAUUAAACAGGAAAUACUGAAAUAUUUCCGAAGUACGUAGUGAUCCUGGUGCUAAUUUAUUGACUAGAGCGGUUAUAAUCAUUUAGAUAGAUAACUAAGUAGGAUUUCGUAAGGGAUAACUAGCAUGAUUUGGUGUUCGCUCAACACAACGUUACACAUACGCAAUGUUAUGAAUAGUUGUAUUCAAACCUUUAACAAUGCACUAAAGCCUUUCCACUAUUUAAACAGUAUGUGACUGGUUGAUUCCACCCCCCUCCCCUGAUUCAACCCCCUUGAAAGUACAACUCUCCCAUGAGCCUUUGCAAUGAAACACCCAUGGCAGUGGAUCGGGUUGUGUCAUCGGUUCUCGGCUAAAUAGACGCACCUAAAAGAUGCAGAAGUUGCCCUUGGCAUUAUCACUGGAAUUUUUUUCGGAAACUCUGAACUUCAGGGUUUCUGGACAAGUUGCAGUUCUACUUCACAUCUGCUCUAUAGAAACUGGCACCGAUGUGGAAAAUUCCAGAAUGCUGCUGAAUGUUGCUGCUCUUGUUUUACCUUAUGACGGUAAACUUAAUGUAGCUUUUCAAAUGAAGAAUUUCACACUUCUGGACUGUUUUUUUUCCAUUACCACAAUACAGGGAAGAAACCAAGUGAUUUGAUUAAUGAUAUUAGAUUCAGGAAGCCCUGUCCCUAAAGUGGCUACCUGAUUCGUCUGAGGAAAGUUAGAAACGGCCGUAAAGUUUUUCAGUCACUGACACUGGCUUUCUGAGAACGUUCCUGAGAAGUUUCCUGUGCUGGAAAAUUCACAAAUAAAAAGAAGUAAGGAAAGCAGAAAUGGCAAAUGCUAUCCUUCCAUGAUGAACGUUCUCAUCAGUGGAUCAGAGUGUAGCGUAAAACUGGGAAUAUCCCAUUUUCCCAGUACGACAUGGUUCUCUCUGUGCCACCAAAGCAGACCCAACUCAACUACAGUUCAGGUUCAGUUCAGAAUUCCAGACACCAAUCAGAAGCAGACCUGGAACCGAAUAAGCCCUGCCCAUUUGUGGAAGUUGACCAUAGUUCAGAUGUAGAUUUGUCAUUUUCUUGUAGCAAAUCAAAUACAGAGAGAAAAUGACGAGUCGGGACACACGCCUUGUUUCCUUGCAAAUGGUGCUUGUGAGUUGGUCGCUAAGUUCAGACACUGCUGUAGAUCUCGUGCUUGAAAUGUGAAGCGCACCAUAGACUGACGGUUCUCCAGGAAGGGAACCACAGCUCUAAUCUCAGUGGGUUUUUUUUUUUUAAUAUAUAUAUAUAUAUAUAUAUAUAUAUAUAUAUAUGUAUUCGUCAUUUUCUUGUAGCAAACGAAAUAACCACAGAAAAUGACAUGGCAGGAUUUCUGGAUGGUGCUUGCAGCUGUUCUGUCUCAGUUUCAACAGGAAGUGUUUCGAAGCUGAUGCAUUUCUGUCAUUCUGUUCUUACCUGAUCUGAACUGAACCCUUAACACAGCCCGAGAAACCGACUGCCUCCCCAGCUUUACGCACCUCAGCUUUAACGGUUAAAGGAGCAGUUUGUUGUUUUCCGAGAUGUCUCCUACCUGUGAGAUGAACUGAGCAUUGACAAGCCUCUCUGUAUUCUCAGUUUAGGCUGGAGUCUUUUUUCUGGGCCAGAAAUGUCCUUAGUCUUUCAAAAAAUUCACAAACUGCACCUUUAAUCUAAACUAUGUGCCAUAUACACUGUCGGCUUUUCCGUCUUCCACACCAUCUUUUUUUUGUUGAUGAACUCAUUCUUUUCAUCCUUCUUGUUUCUGUUUGUUUUUUACAUCUGCGUUCUGGCAAACGCUGCAUUCGAUGUGAGUGCAAGAAAAAAGAAAAAAAAAACACGUCUGCCCACCAGAAAUCCUCGGGUCAUUGUCAUGUCUGCUCCGUGAUUGGACUCCUGUAGCGGAGACGCUUUCUGUGUCGAACCCCGAGCGGUGUGUGAAGAAGCCGUUCGGGUCUGGGCAGAUCUGGGCGGCCCGGGGUCGUCAUCUGUUAAACGUGUGUGUUUAGACCUCCGUGCACUCACUCACUUGCUUCGACUUGAAUCAGCUGCAUCCUACGGCUCUGCCACCAGGGGGCGCUACUGUCUUAAAUGUGAACACUUCAAUUUGUGGAUAUUUGCACAGGUACUUAAUUUAUUUUCUAGGAUAAUUAUCUUGGGAAGAAAAAAAAAGAAGAAAAUACAUGAUUUAUAUCAGUCAGACUCUGACUGCAUAUAAAUAUGAAGAUAACGAUAACGAUGAUAUUAAUAUGACUAUAGUAUUUAUCUUAGACCUCCAGGUUAAUUUCUAGCUAGUGCAGAAAUCCUCUGCUAGCUCUCCAGAACAUUCUGUGUGUGGUGAAGAUAAAAAGUAACCUGCAGUCCUGCAUGACACUGAAAGAAAGAAAGACAGAGAGAGAAAGAGAUAGGGGGAAAAGGAAAACCGGAGAUCGGAAAGAGAGAGAGAGAAUAUGAGAGAGCAGGUAUGUGUCUGCGAAACAGGGUUUGCAGGGGUGUGAGUGUGUGAGUGCAUGCGUCUGUGUGUGUGCAUGUGUGCGAGCAUGAACACCCAGAGAGUGUGUCCGUGGAUGAGUGUGUGUGUGUGUGAGAGAGAGAGAGAGAGAUUGUGUGUGUGCGCGCUGAGACGGCAUGGCAUUUCUCAUAAAGCAUUAUUCUAAUAUGCAAUAUGAUGGGAGAACUGAUAAGAAACAGCAACAGAUAAAAAAGAAGAGAUUCAGGCAGUUUGCAAUGAGAUUGUGGUUCGUUUUUAUUUUUUGUUCCCCAGAAGUCUGUGCGCCUCUGGCCAAAAUGAGAGAAAUGGAAACAAAAAAAAGAUCUGGAGAGAAAUAAAACUUCACUGAUGUUGAGAUCCUUGUGCGUCUGAGUUUAUUAGGGUGAAUGUGGGACUGGAAAGUGAGCAACACUUGAAAGUAAGAAUGAAAUGUUAUUGCAGUGUAAUUAGCCGAAUUGUAUUGUUCUAGAAAACAUUAUUAUGACUGAGACAGUUAGCCAAAGUGUCCUGUGGAGAUUUUUUGCUGUGGUCGGCUAGUUGUUUGUAAAAUGUGGACUUCUAAUAGAUGGUGUAGAAUACAACUCUUAUACUGAGACUGAGACUUUGGUAAAUUUCACCUGUGAGCAUGUAAAAUUCACAAUGUUUCCGUGAUGGUAUUAAUGAAAUAAUGGAUAAGAGACAAGUAUGUUUCAUGGGGUACACUUUUAUUGAUUCACAAUUUGACCGAUUGACUUUUUACAACCAAAGUUCAAAUUGAGGCGAAACUGAGACGCUAGGCGUUUUGCACCAGCGCCAGGAAUCUGAUCCCAAGAUGACACCAGCCAUAAGGUGGACACAAACCGGAUGUCAAAAAAACAAAACAAGGGGGUAAAGAAGAACGAAAGGAGAAACGGACAGGGUCAAGCAGUCUCUUAGUGCAGUAGAACACUCCAUGUGCUGCCCGAGUGAUGUAUUGGUGUAAAAAAGAAAGGAAAAUAAAAGGAAA